AUGCUUGGUCACAGAUUGGGACCUGUUUCGACCAAAAUGUUUGAUGCCGUUUGUAAAAUGCAGGCAUCCCGAAAUCUUGAUGCUGAUCCAAGCGAUAGGCUACGUUCACGAUUAGAACAAAAUGGAAAACUUGAGGAUAUUCAUGAGGAAAAAAAUAUGAUGCUCCAUAAAACCGAGGAAGGAAAUCUAGGAAAAGCGGUCGUGGACAAUACCAAGAAUGUAUUUCGCAACAUGAAACCCGCAUUGCAGCCAAUUUUAGGUAUAACCUCAGAAGAAUACGACGAAAUGAUGAAUGUAUUUGGAAGAGAGUUAGAAGAUAAUGCCAGCUAUCUCGAUGUUUGUCGUGCUUAUGGGCGUAAGAAAAAUAUUUGA